UUCAAGUAACUUGCAUCAUUCUUCUCUUUUUUGCAUUGAUUUAAAAUGGUCGAGGAGGUAGAAAUAGUGAAAAACACUUUUUUUAUUCAUUCUUUGUACGAAAUAUGAAACAGAGUCGCUUAUUCAUUAAAUAUAAUUUAAUUAUGUUUGGUGGAAUCAUGAAAAGUUCAUGGAACUUAAUUUUGAUGAUUUCUUGCACUAUAUAUCCAUUUGUGUAUUUACUUACUUCAUUUGUUUAUGAAAUGCCAGUUUUUAAGCAAAAUGUAAUUAAUGGCUGCUUUCUGUUCAAUUUUUCUAACCAUUGGGUAAGGGUAAAAUUUUCAGCCUAAACUAAAUUUUUGUGCAGUUUGGUCAAAUGUAAUAGCAAGAAUAGUAAUCCGGUGUUCUUAUGAGGUUUCACAAAUGGUUGUUUACAAGUUUUCAAGCACUUUGGUCAUAAGAUUUUAAAUUAUUAGCGGAAAGAUUAGUUUGAAAAAUUGUUCAAAGUGCAACUUGUUUGGAUUGAUGAGAAUUAUCUGUUGUUAUGGCCACGUUACCUGCUCAUGAAAAUUCUGAAGCAAAUCCAAAAGAGCAACAUGGAUACGUUAUUGGCAAAAAAAUUGGACAGGGCACGCAUGCAACUGUUCACUUAGCAGAUUUUAUUGAUGGCAAUACCGGGAAGAAAGUAAAAUUGGCAUGCAAAAUUUUCAACAGAAAGAAAGCCCUAGGAAAUUUUCUCAAUACUUUUUUUGUUCGCGAACUUGAAAUUCUUACAAAAAUAGAAAAUCCUCACAUUAUUCAGGUGCACAGUAUUCUUAAAAGAGGACCAAGAGUCUUUAUUUUCAUGCGCUAUGCUGAAAAUGGUGACCUACUAGAAUUCAUUCGCCAAACAGGGCCUGUACCGGAGAACCAAGCCAAACUAUGGUUCAGACAAAUAACAUCUGGUCUGCAGUAUCUUCACAAAAUGAACAUAGCUCACCGAGAUUUGAAGUGUGAAAACAUUCUCUUAUCAAGAAAAUUCCAUGUAAAACUUGCAGAUUUUGGCUUUGCUAGAUAUUGUGUGAACCAAGAUGGUCGAAGAGUACUGAGUCAUACCUACUGUGGUUCAGCUGCUUACGCCGCGCCAGAAAUAGUUGCCAAUAUUCCCUACAAUCCUAAGCUAGCCGAUGUCUGGUCUCUUGGCGUCAUCCUCUUCAUAAUGCUGAAUGCUGCUAUGCCCUUUGAAGAACUCGAGCAUUUGCAUAAACUUCUCAAAGAUCAGAUGAAUAAAAAUUGGUCAUUUCGAGCUAAAGUUCAGGAUGCUGUAUCCAUUCAAGCUAAAGCUAUUGUCAGUCAGUUACUAGAACCAGACAUAACAUUGAGACUGACUGUGGAUAGGAUAUUGUCACAUAAGUGGCUUUGCGCAAAAAGAAGCAAUGCCAACUCUGGAAAACAUUCACAGUCCAAUCAAUCUAGUCAAAAUCAAGAUAAUGGAGCUGGGGCUGCAAGCUCAACGACAUGUUCGGGAUUGGAGACGAAAAAUCGGCCGCCAUCUAUGAAAAUUGGACGAAAACCAUUUAAACAAAGCAGUAGCGCUCAACCUCAGAAAAACAAUCCAAAAACAUUGCAAUAAUGAAUAUACUUUCAACCCAUCAAAGUAAAUCUGCAAAAUUUCCAUGUACUCCAGAUGAUGUGAUUUUUGGAAUAAUAAGACUCACUCACAUAUCAAUAGUAUUUAUGAGAUUAUUUAUUGUACAACUAUACUAUAAAUUAAUGUACAAAACUAUAAUUUUUGGUUACAUGUAUAGAUACAUGAAUAAAGAUAAUGUACUGUGAUAUCACGUACACACGCGCACACACACAUAUAUAUAUAUAUAUAUAUAUAUGUGUGUGUAUAUAUUAUAUAAUUUAUAAUGCAUAACGAUACAAGUGUAUACUUUCACUAACAUAUAUAGUUUACAUUAGAAUUAUAACAAAUAAUUUACACGAUCCUCGCAUUUGAUUCGCUCUAUAAUUAGCAGUCGGAGUCGCUCAACAUAGCACCGUCCAAGAAAUUUGUCAACAAAAUAUAUUUUGAACCGAGUGAAAUCAACUAUCAUCUUCAGGCGAAUGGCUGCUAACGUACUGAAUCAUAUCUCUCAU